CGAAGAAAAUCAUUCUGCGCUUUUCUCUACCCGCGAGAAGACGCGUGUUAGUUUUUUCUAUCGCCAAAAAGUAUUAAAAACCCAUCAGUUUGCUUGGAAAAUUAGCAAUUCCAACGUCGUUUUGUGCAGUUAAUCGAGUGUGAUCGAAAGCAGUAAAGAAUGGCUGACCAAUAUUCCGGCUACGGUGCUCCGCAGGAUUUCGGCGGUCCGAUGCAAUUUUCGGUUCCUCCGCCGUCGCUUUCGUCGGCCAAUUUCAGCCAGCCUCCUCCGAUGGGAGGGGGUGGUGGCGGCGGCGGAAGUGCCGGUGGCUAUAAUGCUCCUCCCCCCUCGGUCGGCGGCUAUGGCAACCAAUCCCAGAGCUCAGCAGGCGGCGGCUACGGUGCGCAAAAUGAUUACAAAUCCGGUGGCCGUGACGGAGGUUACGGCGGAGGAAACCGCGACGGUGGCUAUGGAGGAGGAAACCGCGGAGGUGGUGGCGGUGGCUACGGAAACGGUGGACCUCGAGGUGGUAACCAAUCCGGUGGCUACAGCAGUGGCGCCGGCAACAAGGGUGGUUAUAAUAACAAAGCAGAUAGUGGUGAAAUGGUCACCCAAGAGGAUACGAUCUUCAUUCAGGGCAUGAAUACGGAAACGACCGAAGAAGAAAUUGCCGAACGCUUCGGAUCGAUCGGUGUGAUCAAGAAAGACAAACGCACCAUGAAACCCAAGAUCUGGAUGUACAAGGAUAAGGAAACCGGCAAUAUGAAGGGAGAGGCCACCGUCACCUACGAGGACGCCAAUGCCGCGCAGUCCGCUAUCGGUUGGUUCGACAACAAGGAAUUCAACGGAUCGGUUGUGAAGGUUUCGCUCGCCCAGCGCUACAACACCUGGCAGAACAAGGGAGGAAGCCGUGGUGGUUUCAACAAGGGCGGAUUCGGUGGCCGUGGCGGUGGUGGAGAUCGCGGAGGCUAUGGUGAUCGGGAUGGUGGUGACCGAGGUGGCUCUCGCGGAGGUGGCCAACAGGGUGGUGGCCGCUUCGGAAGCGGUGGCGGCGGCGGAGGUGGUGGUGGCCAGGAACGUGAAGGAGAUUGGACCUGCGGAGAUUGCAGCAAUAAGAACUUUGCCUGGCGAAACGAGUGCAAUCGGUGUAAGGCUCCGAAAGGUGAUGGUGCCGCUGGAGGCGGAGGUGGUGGUUUUGGAGGCCGUGGUGGUGGCCGAGGAUCGUUCGGCGGCGGUCCUAGAAACAGCGGUGGAGGUGGUCGUGGUGGAUUCGGUGGUGGUAAUCGCGAUGGAGGAUAUGGCGGCAGUGGUGGUGGUGCCAUGCGUGGAGGCGACAGAAAUCGCGACCAGCGACAACGGCCGUACUAAACCAGAAUUAGUAGAUAUUCCAGACUAAAUGUAAGCUUAAAUCAGUCUCCCACGUUAAUCGCAAGGUUGCACCCAAUCAUUACUGAAAACAAUCACACUCAUGUAAAACUUGCUUGAAUUUCCUAAUCAAAAACUACUUGACGACAGUAUGAACGGGGAAGCAGUUUGCUUGUUCCCGUUAGUUGGGCCUUCCCAAUUCUGUGGGAAGACCACUAAGCAUUAUUUUAAAACUUAUAGUAAUUCAUGACUAUGCUAAAAAAAAUCCAACUGUACAACAAAUAGCAUGUAAGAAUAAUCAUUUCUUUGAAAGAUCUCGAAAGAGAAUUGAAGUCGAAUUGACUAGCGAGAUUUUCGGGCAAAGCUACCGACGGGAUAGCAUUAAAAACAUUAAUAAGAAUGUUGUAAAUGAAACACUGUAACAAAAAAGUGAAAGGAAAUGACAAAAUAAAUAUUCACCCAAAUAACGA